ACUCUCCAUCCAGAGAUGUUCAAACUCGCCUUUCCUUAGCGAGAUACGUCUCACUUUUGUAGAUUUGUGUUUCUGAAAUUUGAUCAACUCAGAGAACCAUCAUGUUAAACUGGUUUUUUCCCCAUGGCGCAGAAGAUGGAUUUUAAAAUUUUAAUUGUAGACUUGGGACUUAAAUGAAGGAAGUUUGACUAAGUAGUCAUUUUAGAAGGCUGAAAAUCGACAGUAUAGAAGUUAAUUUGUUGUUUUAUUUUUUUUUAAUGGAAAUAUGGUCCAAAAAGAAGUAUCCCCGCGCGUUCUCCUCCUCUUCCUCUUCGUCCACCUGCUUCCCGUCUCCGCUCGUCGGUCUCACAACUCAGGAAGAAUCGCGGAGAACUCCCCGGCCGGGACGCCCGUGGACGGGGUGGCUGUGCCGGUACUAGUCGGUGUCUGCCCCGGUAGUGGGGCCACGCUGAAAGGGAGCUACGCGUCCGACUUCCGUCUCGUUCACCUCCACGGACGCCGGCGACACAUGGUUCUGGUGUCAUCCAAACGUUUGGACCGAGAGUUCAUCGCCAUGUACGAGCUGACUGUAGAGCGGUGUGCUUGGGGUCCGGUGCUGAUCCAGGUGGAGGUGACGGACGUCAACGACAACGCGCCCCACUUCACGACCGGUAAUAGAACCUUGGAGGUGGACGAGUUCACCCCGCUCGGCACCGAGUUGAUCCGGCUCCACGCCAAAGACGGAGACGCGGAUGUAAAUGGGCGCGUCACUUUUUACGCACAACCCGAGUCCAACUUGCUCCGCGUGGACCCCGAAAUUGGACAGGUGACGCUGGUGGGAUCCCUCCGCGGACUGAGUCGAGUCACAACCCGGUUUUACGUCAAGGAUGGCGGAAAGGAGCCGCUGGUCGGAGGGCCGGUCGUCUUGGAGGUCCUGGUGCGUCGGUCGGAGAGGACCAAGCCGGCCAAGCGGAGGUCGCGCGCCCUGGCCGAGGAGGUGACGUACGCCGUGAGCGUCCCUGAUCAAGCCGGCGUUGGAGACGUGGUGUUCACGGUGCCCGACCGGAGAUUCGAGCAGCGAUGGUUCGAGGUGAUCUCCGAAGCCGACUCGCCGGUGCAGAUCGAGAGGGACUCCGGAAGAGUGUUCCUGGCGCGCAGCCUGCCGGAGCCUGCGGAGGUGAUGGUCAAGAUCCACAAACACAGAGGUGACGAAUGGUACCUGUGCCGGUUGACUCUGAGCUCGCUCAGUCAGGCCCACCUGCAGUGGACCAUGUACCCGGUUCCCUACCUGGCGGCCGUGGGUCCCGACUCCGCCCCCGGGUCUGUGGUCUACCGCUUGUCGUCACGGCAACGUGACGACACCCUCGGACAGCCGCAGUUCCUCCUAUUGGACGGCGGCAUGGACUGCUUCGAGGUGGACCGGCGCUCGGGUGAAGUCAGGACCACGGGGCGCCCCCUGGCCCCCAGCCAUGAGUACCAUCUGCAGGUUCAGGCCGUGGAUGCCGCCGGUCACAAAGGUCCGCCGGCCACCGUGUCGGUCCUCGCCGGCUACCGUCCGCCCCAGUUCACCAACGUCACCUACCAGCUCAACGUGGCCGAGAACAUGGCCGUCGGACAGCCUGUGGGGGCGGUCCAGGCCGUGUCCUUCCAGAAGAAGCCGCUGGCCUACGUGUUGCAAUCCAAUCCCGGCAAUCUGUUCAGCAUCAACCAGGAGAGCGGCGCCCUCAGCCUCACUCGCGCCGUGGACUACGAGAGCGGGCACAACGUGCACACGCUGCAAGUCCGAGCCUCCGAGAGCGACACCGGCCUCAGCGGCGUCAGCGAGGUUGUCGUGUACAUAACAGACGAGAACGACUGCACACCAGAGUUCCUGCACUCCAUCUACACCCGGGACAACGUUCCCGAGAACGUCGCACCCGGAACGUCUCUGCUACAAAUUCUGGCCCGGGACAGCGACUCGGGCGUGAACUCGGAGCUGUCUUACUCGGUCCACGGCGACGACUUCGACAUCACAUCGGCGGGCGUGGUCAGCGCCGCCCGCCGGCUGGACUACGAGCGGCCCAAUCACAUCUACGAGUUCCUGGUGGUCGCCGUGGACGCGGGAACGCCGCCCCGCACGGGCACCGCCUCCAUACGCAUCCGGGUGGCCAACACUAACGACGAGACGCCCGUCUUCUCGCAGACGGUCUACAAGACAUUCUUGAGCGAGGACGCAGGCCCCGACACCCUGGUCGCCAUCGUUCACGCCAACGACCCCGACGGCGACGGCGUCUCGUACGCCAUCACGGGCGGCAACGAGGACAGCAACUUCCAGUUGGACAACCAAAAAGGCAUCAUUAAGCUACGGCGCAGCCCUCCGCCUCGACUGAAAGGCCCUCAGUACGUCCUCACCAUCACCGCCACCGACGACAACGCGUCCGGCGGCCCGUACCCGCUCAGCAGCUCGGCUCAAGUCAUCGUCGGGAUCAACGACAUCAACAACAACAAGCCCGUCUUCCAGGAGUGUCAGGACUACAGUCUGAAAGCCGCCGUUUUGGAGAACCAGCCCCCCGGGACUUUUGUGCUGAGGGUCCAGGCCCAGGACGCCGACAUGGGGGUGAACGGAGAAGUCAAGUACGGCAUCAUGCACAGGGACGGGGUGUCGUCCGGGUUCGACAUCCAUCCAGACACCGGCGCGAUCACCACGGCGACGAGUUUCGACCGGGAGCGGCAACGCGAGUUCACGCUGUCGGUCACGGCCACCGACCAGGCCGAGGAGCCGCUCAUCGGCAUCUGCCAGAUCACCGUCCUGGUCGCCGAUCAAAACGACAACGACCCCAAGUUCGAGAACAGCCGCUACCAGUAUUUCCUCCGAGAGGACACGGCCGUGGGGACCAGCUUCCUACGGGCGGCGGCGCACGACGACGACCAGGGCAGCAACGCGGCCAUCGCGUACUCGCUGUCGCCGCAGAAGCCGGCCUACCUCCACAUCAACCCCAGCACCGGAUGGAUUUACGUCAAUCAACCCAUCUCGCAGACGUCCAAGAUCAGCCAACAGAUCGUGGCAUCGGACGGCGGCAACCGCAGCAGCUCGGUGGAGCUCACCGUCAUCAUCACCAACGUUCACAACCAGCCGCCGCACUGGGAGCAGCCCGAGUACUGGGUCACCGUGCCCGAGAACACCGUCAGGGACGCCAAGAUCCUGACGGUGAAGGCCACGUCUGCGCUGGGUGACCCGCGGGUGACCUACAACUUGGAGGAGGGUCAGGUCCCCGAGACCAACAUGCCUGUACGCUUCUACAUCAAACCCAACCGGGCGGGCGGCUCGGCUUCCAUCCUGGUGGCCGAGAACCUGGACUACGAGACCACGCGCUUCUUCGCUCUCAGGGUCCGAGUCCAAAACGUCGCCGCCGUGCCGCUCGCCUCCUUCGCUACAGUUUACGUCAACGUGACAGAUGUGAACGACAACGUUCCAUUCUUCCUGUCCUCCACGUACGAGGCCACGGUUCCCGAGGGGGCCGAGGUGGGCACGUCGGUGGCGCAGGUGUCGGCCAUCGACUUUGAUUCGGGCCUUCACGGCAUGGUGCACUACACCAUCUUGAAGGAUGAGAGUGGAGACUUUGCGUUGUUCAGCAUCGAUCCCAUGAGCGGCGCCAUCGCUACGCGGGCCUCCUUCGACCGAGAACAGAAAGCUUCCUACCUCAUCGAGGUCCAGUCGCAGGACGGCUCGGAGUCGGCAAGACCGGGACAGCAGGGACACCCCAAUACGGACACAGCCUACGUCAGAAUCUUUGUGGCCGACGUCAACGACAACGCGCCCACGUUCCCGCGCUCGGUGUACGAGGUGAGCGUGGAAGAGGACAAGGAGGCGGGCUUCGUCAUCAUCACCGUCACAGCCAACGACCACGACGAAGGUGCCAACGCCAAGCUACGCUAUCAAAUCGCGGCGGGCAACACCAUGGGCACUUUUGACGUGGAGCCCGAGGUGGGCACCAUCUUUGUGGCGCAGCCGCUGGACUACGAGAUGGAGCAGCGCUUCGAGCUGCGACUGGUGGCCUCGGACGGCAAGUGGGAGAACGAGACACUGGUGGUGGUGCAGGUGGUCAACCGGAACGACGAGGCGCCCGUUUUCAGCAUGAGCGAGUACCACGCCGUCAUCCAGGAGGAGCUCACCGAGCUUCCCGUCUUCAUCAUGGAGGUGUCCGCCACCGAUCCCGACCAGGACGCUGACCAGAGCGCCGUGCGCUACUCCCUCCACGGUCAAGGCGCCGGCGGCGAAUUCACAAUCAACGAGCGCACCGGGAGGAUCUCCGCCCAACGCCGUCUGGACCGGGAGGAACGUCCAGCCUGGAGGUUUCUGGUCCUGGCCACGGAUGAUGGCGGCUCGGGACUCACGGGAUUCGCCGACGUUCUCUUGGAGGUCCGCGACAUCAACGACAACGCGCCUUUCUUCCCGUGCCCGGCGUUGGAAGCGGACGGCUGCUUUGUGGGCCAAGUGGCCGAGAACUCCCCCGCCGACACCUCCGUCAUGGAGAUGAGAGCCAUGGACCUGGACGACGCCAACCAAGGCAAGAAUGCGGCGCUGACCUACAGCAUCGUCAAGAACGUCCGCAACGAGAUCAACCUCAACUUGUUCUCCAUCAACGCCACCACGGGGACCAUCUACACCGUGUUGCGCUCGCUCGACCGGGAACUGGAGGAGCGCUAUCUGGUGGUGGUGGAAGCCCGAGAUGGUGGCGGGUUAGCCGGGACGGGGACCGCCACCAUCCUGGUUUCGGAUGUCAACGACCACCCGCCCGUCUUCUCCCAGAGAGUCUACACUGCUCAGGUAACCGAAGACCUGGAGGUGAACAGCGAGGUUCUGGUGGUGUCCGCCACCGACGUAGACCAGGGCGAGAACGCCGUCGUGACCUUCAGCAUCGUGGGCGGCGACGAUGACAGGAAGUUCUUGGUGGAGACCGACAAGGUGAACCGACGCGGCGUGAUCAAGCUCAAGAAGAAAGUGGACUUUGAGAAGCCUCAGGAGAGAACUUUCAACCUCACUCUGAAGGCGGAGGAUGCUGAUUUCUUCAGCCUGGCUUACUGUCUAGUGCAGGUGGAGGACGCCAAUGACCACGCCCCCGUCUUCUUACCGCAGUUCUACGAGUCGCCGGCCAUGUCCGAGGACGUGGCCGUGGGCACCAUCGUCGCCCAGGUGAUGGCGAGCGAUCUGGAUUCCGGACAAAAUGGCCGCUUUUCUUACAGUAUUGCCAAGGAGUCGGAUCCCUACAAUCAGUUCCUGGUGGACCAGUCCGGUUGGGUGGUGGUGGCUCACUCUUUGGACCGGGAGAAAAUCUCUCAACACAGGGUGAUGGUUCUCGCCGCUGACGCCGGCAGCCCGAGCCUGACCGGCACGGCCAUCGUCAUGGUGACCGUGCUGGACAUCAACGACAACGGGCCGGAAUUCCAGGCCCCCUACAGGCCGGUGGUGUGGGAGAACACGGCGGCCCCGCAGGCGGUGUGGAUGAACGCCAGCUCGCCGCUGCUGCACGCCACCGACCGCGACCUCUCGUCCAACGGCGGCCCGUUCUCCAUACGGCUCCUGGCGCUCACCGCCGACGCCGCCGACUUCAACUUGACGGAUUUCCGCAACGGCAGCGCCGCCGUCACCGCCCUGCGCACGUUCGACCGCGAGCGGCAGAAAGAGUACCGACUCCCCAUCCUCAUGAUCGACAGCGGCUCGCCCGCCAUGAGCUCCACCAGCACGCUGACGGUGGUCAUCGGGGACCGCAACGACCACCCCCACUCGCCGGGACACGCUAACUUCAUUGUGUACAGUUACGAAGGUAUUCUACCAACCACAGCGCUGGGCCAAAUCCCGUCCCCAGACCUGGACGACUGGAGCGAGAAGACGUACCGAUUUGAAGGCAAACCCUCCAGACUUUUCAGCGUGAACCAUAGUUCUGGCCAGCUGAGCAUCAGGGAAGGUGUCCCGCCCGGCUCUUACCAGCUGCAGGUGCGCGUGUCCGAUCCCGCCUGGCCGGACGUCACGUCCACCGCGCAGGUGGAGGUGAUCGAUCUGCCGCGGGAAGCGCUCCUGAACGCCGCUUCCCUCCGACUACGCGACAUGACCGUAGAAGAACUGUUCUCGUCCAGAGGCGGCCAGGAGAGCCGCUUCUCCCGUUUGGGUCGAACGCUAGCCGAUCUCCUGCAGACGCCACCGGAGAAGGUUCACGUCUUCUCCCUGGAAGACGCCGGCAGGGGAGAGGAGAAGGAGCUGAGCGUGUGGUUCGCCGCUCACGGCUCGCCGUACUACAAGGCCGAGAAGCUGCACGGCUACGUGGCGGCCAAUAAAGCUAAGCUGGAAGCCGUGCUGGGCGCGUCCAUCUCCCAGGUGGGCGUGGACGACUGCCCCCACGCGGAUUGCGCUCACUCCGGAGGCUGCUCCACUCAAGUGUCCUUCGCUCAGACGCCGGCGGCUCUCCACUCGGGCAACGUGUCUUUGGUUUCCCUGCCCGCCAAGACCACGGCGCGCUGCGGAUGCCGCGGUCGCGAGGCCACGCAUCUGCCUUGCUCGUCCUACCCGAGCAACCCCUGCCUCAACGGGGGCGCCUGCCUUGACGGUCCGCUGGGAUACAGGUGCAAGUGUCCGCCCAUGUUCGACGGACCCGAGUGCCAGCAGACCAAGCACAGCUUUGGCGGCGGGGGCUACGCGUGGUUCCCACCGCUGGCGCCGUGCUUCCAGAGCCACAUUUCUUUGGAGUUCCUGACCGAGGAGGCCGACGGGCUGCUGCUCUACAACGGGCCGCUCGGACCCGCCGCCCAACCCGGAGAGCUCCAAGACUUCAUUUCAAUCGAGUUGAAGCACGGUGUUCCGGUCUUGAAGGUUAAUCACGGCUCCGGGACCCUCACCCUGCAACUACCGGCCAAAUCUAACGUGGCAGACCGCCGCUGGCAUCGACUCGACGUCAUCAGUGAUGGCAAGGCCGUGCAGCUGCUCUUGGAUCAGUGCUCGGGGCUGCAGGUGAGCGAGCCGGAGGGGCUUGUUGCCGGAGACCCCCGCGAGACGGACGAGUCCGGCUGCAGGGCGGCCGGCCAAACGCCAGGAAACGAGAGAUAUCUGAACGUAUACCAGCCUCUCCAGCUGGGCGGCGUGAAGCCGACGUCUCCUCAGCCGCGUUACGCCAAUUUCAGCGGCUGCAUCCGCAACCUGCUGGUGGACACUCAGGUAUACGACCUGGCGCGACCCGGCGAGAGCGUGGACAGCAGCCCGGGCUGCAGGGCGACGGACGGCAUGUGUUUGACGGCGGCCGGGCCCUCCUGCGGGGCCCGCGCCUCCUGCUUAGCCGACUGGGGAUCCUUCAGCUGCGAGUGUCACCCGGGACACAGCGGACACAAGUGCGACACAGUGGUUCCGGAGUUCUCGUUAGAUUCCGACAGCAUGCUGAGGUUCCAUCUUCGAGGCGGAGGCACCACCAACCGCCGCACUAACAUUCAAAUGCUCCUGCGCACCCGCGCCAACUCGGGCACCUUGCUCUCCGUCACGUCCCGGGAAGCCGACGAGUACAUCGUGUUGGAGAUCGCAGAGGGCCACCUCUCGGUCCGAGCCAACCUGGGCGACGGGGCCCACGCCCUGCGGCUCCCGGGCCAGCGGGUGGACGUGGGCCAGUGGGUGCUGGUGGGCCUCAGUCGUCAUGACAACAUUUUCGUCCUGCGGCUGGAGCAGGGCGGCGGCUCGCGGGAGGCCCGGGCACGGCUGGGGAACCGGCGGGAGCUGGUGGUGGACCCGACAAGCGUCACGGUGGGGAAGGGACCCCACGGCGGAGAAGACGGCGACUUUCAGGGUUGCAUGCGGGACGUUCGUUUUAACGGCCGAGCGCUCCCUUUGGACGGGCGGAGUAGCGGUGAUCUGGUUAGCGUGCUGGAGAGGCGCGGCGUCACGUUGGGCUGCUUCAGCGACGCCUGCCGGGCACAGCCAUGCCCCGAAUCGCUGCGUUGUGUUGACCUGUGGAGAAAACAUCAGUGCAGGUGCCCCGGCGCUCUGGUGACGCUGACGGACGAGUCGGGCGCGGAGCGCUGCGUGCCGUCGCCGUGCGGUCCCGCCUCGUGCCGCAACGGCGGCGUGUGCCAGCCGCUGUCGGCCGACGGCUUCCGGUGCCGCUGCCUGGAGGGUUUCCGCGGGCAACGCUGCGAGCUGGGCCAGUACCGAGGCCACCGGCUGGCCGCCCUCAGUCCAAGCUCUAUUCUGGCCAUCAGCAUGUGUCUGCUCGUCUUCUUUGCCGUGCUGGUGGCGGUGACUGUGUGGAACCAGAAGGGCAGCCGCAACAAGUUCCGCAAGCGCGGCGUCUACCACAUCCCGGCCGAGCACGAGAGCUGGGAGGACGUCCGCGAAAACAUCCUCAACUACAACGAGGAAGGCGGCGGCGAGCAGGAUCAGAAGGGCUACGACAUGACGGAGCUGAAGCGUCCUCUGCGUUCCAGCUUGUCCCAGUCGUCUUCGUGCACCACAGCCCCGCUCAUCAAAUCGUCUCCGGGCUCGCAGGAGGAGGUGCGCCCCGCCUGCGGCCCCUACCUCAGCCUCCCGCAGCCGCACGUCCACCAACACCCCCCGCCCCCGCCCUCAUCAUCACGUUCCCACGUGGACUUCAAGAACUAUGUGUCUCGCAUCGUGUGGGAGGCCGACCACGACGAGGACGCGCUCCCAGAGGACGUCUUCCACAGGUGGCGGGAGGAAGGAUCCGGAACGCCGGCGGGAAGCCUCAGCUCACUCGGGUACGACGACGUAGAAGAGGAGGACAACGCAAGGGAGACGACGCGCGAGCGGCUGUCGCGCUGGGGACCCAAAUUCCAGACGCUGAGCAACAUGUAUGACCGCCCCCAAGUGGCGCUCUCGUACGGGACCGUCGCACGACGGCCUCCCAGCCACUAGAGGGCCACCCGACAUUCUCGACUCCUUCUGAUUUUUGGACAGUAUGUCGAUCUUGGGUGGCUGGAUUACAAAAUGGACAUCAUCCGCCAUCUUUGAAGAGGGCAGAGUGAAGUUUUUCCAUAGUUGGCGGCAACAAUCACUUAAAGUUUUUCCAACUGGAGCAUUUUUUGGACCCCUUUUUCCUCCUCUUCAGAUGCAUUUAAACCUAAAAUUACUGGAACAUUUUAAUAUGCUUAAUAUAAUUGCAUUUCUAAAAUUUUCCAACUUGUUAAUUCUUUUAGUUCCUGAAACUUAAGUUUGUCCUCGGCUGCCUUAGGAAUGUACUUGUGACUUAUAUUUGAAAAGCAAAGAGAAAACAAAUCAAUCCUUCAAUGCCCACCAAAUAUGUUCACAGGAUAGCAAAAGAAAAGAAAUUUGUUACAUUUGAAUGACUGAAGAAUACAUCUUCCAUGUCGCUUGUUUUGUUUGGGAACAUAUUUUUCUGAGUUUUGAGUUCUUUCUGCAUCUGAAGUGUGUGUGCUGCUUCUUCAUUCAUUUGAAAAAGUCUUCAGUGUUUGUUGCUUAUUUGAAGUGUAUGAUAUAAUGUAAAUAUGGCCAUUUUAUAAUUACCUGAAAGAAUAUUUCCUUUUGUACAUGAAUUUUAAUAAAUAAAAAAGACUUUUUCCCUGAA